ACAGGACAAACUUCUCAAGAAGAUACAGCAUAAGAUAAUUCAGUGCUUAAAAGCUUUCAUGAACAACAAGUACGGCUUGGAGAGAAUAAUGAGCGAAAAAAGGAGUUUUUCGUUACUGGCCAAAACAAUCGAUCCCAAACAAAUCAAUAUGAUGACUGACGCAGUUAAACUUCUCUCUGCAAUGUGCAUUAUUGGUGACGAAAACAUCCUGGAAAAGAUUUUGAAAGCCUUGACUACAGCCGCAGAAGACAGAGGUAUUGACCGAUUUGGCCCCAUUCUGAAGGGUCUUGAGGAGAAUUCAGUCCAUCUGCAAAUAGCCUGUAUGCAGUUCAUCAAUGCUCUGGUUACAACUCCUGACGAUUUGGACUUCAGACUCCACAUUCGGAAUGAAUUUAUGCGUUGCGGAUUAAAAGAGCGACUGCCGCUGCUGAGAUGCAUAAGGAAUGAAGCUUUGGAUAUCCAGCUGAAAGUAUUCAGUGAACACAAAGAAGAAGAUAUGAUCGAAUUUUCCCACCGUUUAGAUGAUAUCAGAUCAGAGUUUGAUGAUGCAAAUGACGUUUUUAAUUUAGUGUGGAAUAGCGUUAAGGACACGGGUGCGGAAAACUGCUUCCUUUCUAUCCUGCAGCACCUCUUGCUGAUACGAAAUGAUAAUUUUAUACGACCUUUGUAUUUCAAGUUAAUCGAAGAGUGCGUUUCACAGGUGGUCUUACAUCGAAGUGGUCUGGACCCAGAUUUUAGUUAUCGAAAAAGGCUGGAUGUAAAUUUCAGUCACAUAUUGGAUAUCUGUAUCGAACAGAAGAAAAUGGAAGAACUUGAAGGAAAAGCUUCAGAAUUCUUGAAAAAGUUUGAAAAAGAGUUCGUAGCUCAUCAAGAGACAAAGGCGCAGCUUCAGAAGACCGAAGAAAAGCUUGGUCUCCUUGAUGGAGAGAGAAAACCUUACAAAAACGAGGUAAAACAAAAAAAAGAAUCUGCACUCACAAGUUGCUGUUUAUUACCAAUACCAACAUUUUCUUCUUUUCAGAAUGGCUCAACCAACAGUUGUCCUCUGACAUCUGUUGAAGCACCCCCAGAUGUGGUCCCAUCACCAGGAGCUUCCUCUGGAACUAUUCCUCCUCCACCUCCUCCGCCCCCACUACCACCUGCCUUUGGCGUUCCUCCACCCCCACCUCCGCUACUUGGACUACCUGGAGGUCAACACUCUCUUCCUCCUCCUCAACUGCUGCCUUUCGGAUUGAAACCUAAAAAAGAAUUUAAGCCUGAAGUGACCAUGAAAAGAAUCAACUGGUCCAAGAUAAGCCCCCAGGAAAUGACUGAAAACUGUUUCUGGGUAAUGGCCAAUGAUGGAAAAUAUGAAAAUACUGAUUUGUUAUGCAAGCUGGAACUUACCUUUUGUUGUCAGAAAAACGUGAAAAGAGACGAAGGCUUUGAAGAGAGGAAACCUAUUAAACGAAUCAAAGAACUGAAAGUCCUGGAUCCAAAGAUCGCGCAAAACCUUUCUAUUUUCUUAGGGUCGUUUCGAGUGCCUUAUGAAGAAAUAAAAAUAAUGAUUCUGGAAAUAGAUGAAACCCAGCUGUCAGAAUCCAUGAUCCAGAAUUUAAUAAAACAUCUUCCUGACCAAAAACAACUCAAUGAAUUAUCCAAGUUGAAGAACGAAUAUAAGAAUUUGUCUGACCCGGAGCAGUUCGCUAUCGUGAUGAGCAGCGUAACGCGACUGAGACCACGGUUGGGUGCUAUUCUUUUUAAGCUUCAGUUUGAGGAGCAAGUGAAUAACACCAAGCCUGAAAUCAUGGCUGUCAGCACAGCCUGUGAAGAGAUAAAGAAGAGCAGAAGCUUCAGUCAGCUUCUCGAACUAGUCCUGUUAAUGGGGAACUACAUGAACGCUGGAUCGCGAAAUGCCCAGACAUUUGGAUUCAACCUCUGCUCCUUAUGUAAAUUAAAGGAUACCAAAUCAGCUGAUCAGACGAUAACCCUGCUUCACUUUCUGGUUGAAAUCUGUGAAGAAAAAUACCCUAAUGUUUUGAGCUUUCUUGAAGACUUGCAGCACUUAGACAAAGCAAGCAGAGUUUCAGCGGAGAGCUUGGAAAAGAGCCUAAAACAGAUGGAAGGACAGAUCAAACAACUUGAGAGUGAUUUGAAGACCUUUCCUCAACCUGAAGACGUCCACGACAAAUUUGUGACAAAAAUGUCCAGCUUUCUCAUCCAAGCAAAAGAACAGUUCAAGCAACUUUCUACAAUACACAAAAGCAUGGAAAACCUGUACCGGGAUGUCAUGGAAUAUUAUGCCAUUGAUUUAAAGAAAAUUUCAGUAGAAGAAUUCCUUACCGACUUGAGCAACUUCAAAACGAUGUUCACGCAAGCAGCAAAGGAUAAUAUGAGAAGGAAAGAAAUGGAAGAAAAGCAGAGACGGGCCAGAAUCGCUCAAGAGAAAGCAGAAAAAGAAAAACGAGAAAAACAACAGAAGAAAAAGCACCUGCUGGAUAUUAAAACAGAAAAGGAUGAGACAGGAGUGAUGGAUAGUUUGCUGGAGGCUCUGCAGUCAGGGGCAGCUUUCCGCAAUCGAAGAAAGCAAGCACCCAGGUUUAAAGUUGAACCCCAGAAUUUCAGCUCUACUUCUACGGCACCUGUUUUGAAACCUUGUAAUCACGAAAACCAGAAGGCACCGACAGGAGAAAAGUUACAUCCCCCCCACAGUAUGAAUGGAACCUCGGUAAGGAACCCCGCCUGCAAGGACAGUCAUCGUAAAAACGAAGCUAAUCCAUCGGUAGAAAAGAGAAACGGUGUUGGAAAAAAGAAAGUCACCCCUGGAGGAACCCAGAGAAGGGACGAAAUAGAACUGGGUGGUCCUAAAGGAGACGUGAUUCCUGAAGUGGAAGCUUUGCUCGCACGAUUACGAGCGCUGUAAACCUUUUAACCAGUUGCACAAAACUUUGGACUCGUUUAGACGUUCAAGA